AAAGGUCUCUUCUUCAGCAGCCUCAGCCUCUCUCCGUUGUCCCCUCCAAAAUCAAUCCUUCAUCACACCUCCGGUCUAGGAUUUCGCUGUUGUCGCCAUGUACCGCACGGCAGCUUUACGAUCCAGGGUUCUCAAGGGUUGUUUACACCGCAAUUUGCGAGCAGCACGUUAUGCAAGUUCGAGUGCCGUAGCUACGAGUUCUUCUUCAGGGGGCUUUUUCAGCUGGUUGACUGGCGAAACAUCUCGCUCGCUUCCUUCAAUGGACAUGCCGCUGAAGGGUGUCUCCAUUCCACCACCUCUUGCCGACCAUGUCGAGCCGAGCAAAAUUAAAGUCACUACUCUUCCAAACGGGCUUAAACUAGCCUCGGAGGCAUCACCCAAUCCGGCAGCCUUUAUUGGUUUAUACGUUGAUUGUGGUUCUAUUUAUGAGACACCUUAUUCCCAUGGAGCCACACACUUACUUGAAAGGAUGGCUUUCAAGAGCACGUUGAACAGAAGCCAUCUGCGUCUCGUAAGGGAGGUAGAGGCUAUUGGAGGCCACACUUGUGCUUCUGCAUCUCGGGAGCAGAUGGGAUUUACUAUUGAUGCUUUAAAAACAUAUGUUCCUGAAAUGGUGGAAGUGCUUAUUGACAGUGUGAGGAACCCUGCUUUCUUGGAUUGGGAAGUGAAUGAGGAGCUUCGAAAGGUGAAAUUGGAGAUUGGGGAACUUUCCAAGAACCCUAUGGGCUUUCUCACGGAGGCAGUUCAUUCUGCUGGUUAUGCCGGUGCAUUGGCAAAUCCACUUUACGCACCUGAGUCUGCAUUGGACAGACUAACUGGGGAUGUCUUGGAGGACUUUGUUGCUGAGAAUUUCACUGCUGCACGAAUGGUACUGGCAGCAAGUGGAGUUGAUCAUGAGGAACUUUUGCGAGUAGCUGAGCCAUUGCUUUCCGACCUUCCUAAAGUAGCCCGCCCACAGGAGCCAAAAUCUCAAUAUGUUGGUGGAGAUUAUCGUCAACAUACUGGUGGAGGGGCCACACAUUUUGCCCUUGCUUUUGAAGUGCCCGGCUGGUACAGCGAGAAGGAAGCUAUGACCGCGACUGUUCUUCAGAUGCUGAUGGGAGGCGGUGGCUCAUUCUCUGCCGGAGGACCUGGUAAAGGAAUGCACUCGUGGCUCUAUCUCCGUGUCUUGAACGAAUAUCAGCAGGUUCAAUCAUGCACUGCAUUCACUAGCAUCUUUAACAACACCGGAUUGUUUGGCAUCUAUGGUUGCUCAAGUCCCGAGUUUGCCGCAAAAACUGUUGAAGUAGCAGCUAAGGAAUUGAAAGAUGUAGCGGGAGGGAAAGUUAACCAAAAGCAUCUUGAUCGUGCCAAGGCAGCCACGAAAUCUACCAUUCUCAUGAAUCUCGAAUCUCAGAUGAUUACCGCAGAAGACAUAGGCAGGCAGAUACUCACAUAUGGGGAGAGGAAACCCGUGGACCGGUUCUUGAAGAUGGUGGACCAACUCACUCUGAAGGACAUUGCAGAGUUCACCGGCAAGAUCAUCACAAAGCCUUUGACGAUGGCAUCUUAUGGAGAUGUGAUGAAUGUCCCGAGCUAUGAUUCCGUAAGCAGAAUAUUCUCUUGAAGCAGAAAACGGACAGAUUCUUUGUUUUGUUUUUUUU